CGUGUGCUGUCCGUACAGUCCCACGUCGUACAUGGCUACGUUGGCAACAAAUGCGCCGUGUUUCCCCUCCAAAUCCUCGGUCUUGAGGUUGACCCCAUCUACAGUGUGCAGUUCUCCAACCACACGGGCUACCCCGCCUUCAAGGGCUCCGUGUUCGAUGGCGAGCAGCUAAGGGCCCUGGUUUCGGGGCUGGAAGUCAACGGACUGCUCAACCACACGCACCUGCUGACUGGGUACAUCGGCAGCCUCUCCUUGCUGCAAGCCAUCGCGGAUCUCUGCACUCAGCUGAAGCGCCACUCGCCCAAUCUCACGUACGUCUGCGACCCGGUCCUGGGCGACGAGGGCCGUCUGUACGUCGCCAAGGAGCUCGUACACGCGUACACAUCCCAAAUCGUACCGUUAGCUUCCGUACUGGUGCCCAACCAAUUCGAGGCGGAGCUGCUCACAGGCGGAACGCCCAUUGCCUGUUUAGGCGACGCGCUGGCGGCGUGUGAAACCCUCAUGGAUAGAGGGCCCCACACGGUUAUCAUCACCAGCAUGACCCCUCCAGGAGACCCCGGCUCCAUUUUGCUGGUGGCGGCUACCCGGCUGCCGCAGCGGCGAGAGGGUCGGCUGGGCGGCGCGACGAGGUUGAUGAUGCGGAUUGAUCGCAUCAAGGCAUACUUCACGGGCACAGGGGAUCUUUUCGCGGCGCUGUUGCUCGCCUGGAUGCACCAUCAUCCGGGCGACCUGGCGACUGCUGUGGAGAAGGCGGUGGGGGGGCUGCAGGCGGUGCUGGCGGACACGGUA